UCAGCAUUGCCACGUCAGCAGCAAGGGAUACCACAUCAGCAGGCACCGGUCUGAUCUAUGUUGUUGCGUUCACAGACAGCAGUCAUGGACCAGAAGACUGGGGAAACAGACGAGUCCUAUCAAGCCCGCAUGUUAGCCUGGAGUACCGAGACAAAGAAGCGGGCAGAUGACGCUGCCGCGGAAGCCAAGAAAAGGGCAGAGGAUGCCGAACAGGUAGGUCUGCUGGCCAUGCAACAACAGCGCCAGCACGAUGAGGCAGCAGCAAGGGUUGCUGAUGAAGAAAGAACACAACGUCGUGAGAAGAUAUUCACCGGAGAGCGAGCAUUACUUACCAUGGCAGCAAAAUGGCGAAGCGAGGCCGAGAAUAGCCAGUUGGAGGAUAGCGCAAACAAGAUAGCGCUCCUCCUCUCGCAUCUCACGGAUCUCAUGGCAACCUGCAUUACACAGCAGGCGGAGAUCCUUGGUCUCGACAAGUCGGUGGCUAACCUCCAAGACCGCCUUCAGCGGGUGGAGCAACGACCAGUCGCCGUCGCCGACGCAGGCUCUUCCAAUACUGCCGACCGCCUCACUGCAUUGGAGAUGCACUACGGAGUGGUAGCAGCGGACUUGCACACCAUGAUCAGCUGGGAUGAUCUGAAGGCGGCGUGGCACAAGCGGUUCCAGGUGGAGCCGCCAGAGAUCAAAGCCAUAGACAAGCUUAUGGUCUUCGAGCAAGGCUCGCUGCCGAGUACGGACUGGAUCGCCGAGUACCAACGCUUGAUGUCAGUCCCAGACAUCCAGAUGGGCUUCAAGGCCAUCCGCCACUACUUCAUCUCAAGGUCAUGUCCGACAUUGAGUAAUGCCCUGACGCAUGUCGAGGACACCUUCACGACGACGGCGGAACUAUUCGACAAGGCGGCGCAGAUCAUCGUUACGAACAAGGAGGCCAAGAACCUCCGUUCUUCUGCGUCAGGUACGAGCGGGGACCAGCAUCGGCCACGAGUGGCCGUGGUCGCAGCGGCAGCGCCGUUAGACCAAACCAGCGAGGCUGCGUCUGCCAGUGAAGGAGACAGAUUCGCAGCCGCCCGGGAAGGGAAACUGAGCACCGCCGAGAGUGAUGCGACGACACUCUCGACGCCUUCGGAACUGGUUUCUUCGCGAGUGACCAGCCUUCAUUCCGAGGUGCACGCGGAAGUUGACAGUCCUCCGCUUCUAUUUUCUUUUGAGGACUAUGCUGUCCGGCUCCUUCCAACGCUGGGUACUCAGGCUCAGCGACAAGGAGUGUGUGCGGUUUCUUCUCCGUCCGGCAACAGCGACAUAUCAUCUUCAAGUGGUUCGUCACGGGAUUCGGCACGCGAGUUCAAGAUAGAGGCUUUGGACCCGCUUACGUCUGAGGACUUUGCAUGGCUUCCUCUCCCGACCACAGGCUGUUUGCCGGGACCGCAAUGCGCAACACUUAGCGCUCAUCUCCACACUUACCUUUCCUUCUAUGCACCACCAACUUCGCCGACGGAUGACGAAGUCGCGGUGGGGGACAUCCUGGCGUACGUUACCAAGGUGGCCCGCGAGUUUUGCACGCAGCGGUACGAUAACAACAAUGCACCGCUCAUGUAUGUCCGCAUCCAGGUUGGGCAAGCGUCCUGCAGCGCUUUGCUGGAUAGCGGCGCGACUCGCAACUUCAUGAGCCAGUCUUUUAUGCAAAGGGCUGGCCUUGGCGCUCAGGUUCGGAGGAAGGCAAACCCGACGGCGAUGAAGUUGGUGGAUGGUAAGACGCAGCAACUUCUCGACCGUUACAUCGAGGCCGUACCGGUCUACUUCGCACCUCAUGCAUGCAAACCGGUAACAUUCGAUAUUCUCGACACGUACUUCAACAUCAUUCUGGGAAUGCCUUGGCUUGCAAGUGCGGAUCACACGGUCAACUUCCAUCGGCGGACUCUUAGCGUUCGCGACGCCUUCGGCGCGGAAGUGGCGUGUACGAUUCCUCUACCGCACUCUUCGAUCCGGUGCCAAGUGGUGACGGCCAAAUCAUUCCGGGCGACUUGUGCUUACGAGCACCCCGAGGAGACCGGCAUAUGUUUCCUACGGACCGUCGCGGUAGCCGGCUCUUCACCCACGGACUUGUCUUCGGACCCCCGUGUGGUACGGUUGCUGGACGAGUUCGCCGACAUCUUCGAAUCACCUACCAGUGUGGUGCCGGGUCGGCCAAUCUCUCACGAGAUCAUUCUGGAGGCCGGUGCCGUGCCGCCGAAAGGUUGCAUCUAUCGGAUGAGCGAGGAGGAGCUUGAGGUACUCCGCGCACAACUCGAUGAUUUGUUGGCCAAGGGAUGGAUCCGCCCGAGUAGCUCCCCAUAUGGAGCACCAGUUCUCUUCGUCAGGAAGAAGAACAAGGAUCUACGAUUGUGCAUCGACUACCACAAGCUCAACGCGCAAACCGUCAAGAAUACGAGGCAUCUUCCUCGCAUCGACUAUCUUCUCGAGCGGCUGGGCGGUGCGAAGUAUUUGUCCAAGUUGGAUUUGAAAUCAGGAUACCAUCAAAUUUCGAUUCAGCCAAAUGAUCACUACAAAACCGCAUUCAACACGCGGUACGGGCAUUUUGAGUGGGUGGUCAUGCCUUUUGGCGUCACCAACGCCCCGGCGACAUUCCAGGCGGCGAUGACCAAUGAGUUUCAUGCAAUGUUGGACCGGUUCGUGCUGGUCUACUUAGACGAUAUUCUCGUCUACAGCCGGACAUUGGAGGAUCAUCUUGGACAUCUUCGACGAGUGUUGGAGACGCUCCACCGUGCCAAGUACAAGGCCAACCACGACAAGUGCGAAUUCGUCCGGCAAGAGCUGGAAUACUUUGGCUAUUUUGUCACACUGGAGGGCAUCACUCCGCUAUCGGACAAGAUUCAGGCCGUCCAAGAGUGGUCGGAGCCUCGGAACGUCACGGAUGUCCGCUCGUUCCUCGGUCUUACCGGCUACUGUCAGCGCUUCAUCAAAGGCUAUUCCAAGAUCGCGGCCCACUUGAACAAGCUUCAGUGCAGGGAUCGACCGUUUGACUUUGGAGAGGAGACGCGGGGAUCAUUCCUCGCUCUCAAAGCCGCGCUAUUGUCUGCGGAGGUCUUGCGGAUAUACGACCCGCUCGCGCCUACACGUGUCACUACGGAUGCGUCAGGCUAUGACAUUGGUGCAGUCCUCGAGCAACAUGAUGGUGUGGACUGGCACCCGGUCGAGUACUUCAGCAAGAAAGUGUCACUCGUGCAUUCCAUUGACGAUGCACGCAAGAAGGAGCUCCUCGCCUUCGUCCACGCGCUCAAGCGGUGGCGGCACUUCCUCCUUGGUCGAAGCCAAUUUCGCUGGGUAACGGACAACAAUCCGUUGGUCUUCUACAAGACCCAAGACACCGUCAACAGCACCAUCGCUCGAUGGAUGGCUUUCAUCKACCAGUUCGACUUCUUUCCCGAUCACAUUCCCGGGAAGUCGAACCGUUUUGCGGAUGCUCUUUCACGGCGUCCGGAUCACUGUACCGCGGUCUACUCGACUUUCGAGAUUGACGAUGACCUGCGCAACAGCUUCAUCCGCGGUUACCAAGCCGACCCCGAGUUUCGCGACAAGUACGCGAAUUGCUCCUCGCCUAAUCCGGCUCCUUCUCACUACCGGAUCCAGGAGGGGUACUUGCUUGACCACACGCGGGGGAAGGACCUUCUUUGCCGAUUUUGGUGGUCUGGCCUUCUCGGCGACGUCACGCGCUAUUGCGAGUCAUGCAAGGUUUGCCGACGUUGCAAAUCCCGCAACCAUCGUCCGUACGGCGAGCUACGACCAUUGCCAAUCUCGUUAAGGCGAAGGGAAGUGAUUGCCAUGGACAUCACCGGCCUGUUCCCCAAGCACAAGACCGGAGUGGAUGGGAUUCUCACUGUGGUCGACCGACUCACCAAGUUCGCCAUGUUUUUGCUUUGUUGCUAUCAUGCCAAGGCACCGGAGUUGGCCGAGGUUCUCUACGCCGGUUGGAUUCCAACCAAGGGUUACCCCAAGGAGAUCGUCUGCGACCGCGACACUCGGUUCAUGUCCGAUUUUUUGUUGGCGCUCAUCAAGCGAUGGGGCUCAUCUCUCAAGCCCAGUUCAGCUCGCCACCCUCAGACCGAUGGCCAGACCGAGAGGGCGCAGCAGACCGCACUGGUUCUCCUUCGCACUCUCAUCCGCCCCAACCAGAAAGACUGGGUUGAGCGACUGCGGGACGUUGAGUUGGCCUACAACUCUUCCAUCCACCCGACUAUUGGGAUAUCGCCCUUCGAGUUCGAGCACGGCUCGCCGGUCACGUCACCGUUAGACACGAUUACUCCACGCACGGCCGAGAGCGACAACUAUCUUUUUUUCUUGCGUCGGAUGCAAGAGCUUCUUGUCAAGGCACGCGACCAGAUGGCUAAGACGCAACAGCGCACGCGCCAACAGGCAUAUCGCCAGCGUCUUCCUUGUCCAUUCCGCACCGGAGACCUCGUCUGGGUUUCAGCAGCAGAAUUCAGCCUUGAACAAGACGUCUCUCGCAAGCUCCUCCCGAAAUGGAUGGGGCCUUGGCCGAUCAUAGAGCCCACUGGGGACGCACCCGAAGGACCCUCCUUCACGAUUCAGGCGAGCGAAAGAGUGUUUCUGCGAUACAAGUUCUGCAACUCGGACAGCGAGAGGCCAGCUCUGUCUUUUACAGCUUACCAGGAGCCUAGUACACUGAUUGCUGCCAACGUGACUGAGGCUGGCUGCCUUCACAUGGAGUUGUUGCGGACGUGCUUUUUCUCCGGAGUUGGACGAGGAUCAUCCGUCCACUGCAGGAAGAAGACAAAGGCAAGCGGGCCAGCCAUGAAGCCGUCCAUGGGAAUGGCAGCCCUCGCGGCUGUUGCCUUCCUGUUGCUGGUUGCAUUAUACCAGCCCACGGUUGAGGGUGCUUAUCUGUGCAACCCCGGUAAAGAUCAGAAUGAACAUACGUACAAGAAAAUCAACUGCCUGAAAGUGGGCGGUGCAGUAAGCUAUGAGGGGUGCAGAGACACGUGCGAGGGCGAGGACAAAUGCAAAGGCUUUGUCCAUGCGGCAUACGAUUGGUCGAAAGGCAAGUACUGCUGCUUCCUGAAGUCCAGGAUCGACAAACGGAAAUUUCGGUCUCAGGCUGGUCGCGAAACAUGCAGGAAGCUAUACUUUUAAGACCGAUUCUUCCAAGUUCGUUCUCUUGCUUGCAGUUUCGCAGGUUGGUAGACAGCGACAGCGCAAGAAGGAGUUCUGAGAGACUGCUUACUGGGAUGUGUCAGUUCACAUGUUGCUAGGCUUUCCACCUCUGAACGUCCACUUCCCACUCAGCUAGAGCGGAACCUGGAAAGGAUUUACAUUUCUUUAAGUAUGCUCGGUGACUGCCUCCGAGGUCCCUUGCCUCGCGAAAUGGUAGAUCAACAGCCCUCAUAUGAUACUGGGUUCGAUGCGUCAUCAUCAUCAUCAUCAUCAUCAUCAUCAUCAUCAUUAUCAUCAUCAUUAUCAUCAUCAUCACAACCUGGAAAAGAUUUACAUUUCUUCGAGUAUGCUUACUGACUGUCUCAGAGUCUGAGGUUUGUUGGCUCGUGAAAUGCCAGAUCAACUGCCCACAUAUGAUACUGGGCUCGAUGCAUCAUCAUAGCCGUCAUCGUCAUCAUCAUCAUCAUCAGCAGCAGCAGCAGCAGCAUCCUAAUCAUAGUCCUCAUCAGCAUCAAAUUUCUGCCAAGGGUCGCUAUUUUCCAUUCGACAAGAUUGAACGUUAGAAGUACGAGGCCAAUGGACUGAGUUGUCAUGAAAAACACUGGAUAUCAUCUCUGCUUCUCUAUCAGGAGGAUUAAGGCUCAUAAAGGAACAAAGAACGUCAUUGGUUGUUUGUUUGAGUUUUGAAGACUGCAGAAAUUGAAGACUCUCCAAAAUUGCUUCACAAUUGUGUGUUUACAAUGGAGAGAACCGGACUUAUCCCUAGUGCAAAAGAACUGC